AUGGCCGAGCUGCACGCCGAGCUGCACCGCCCCCGUUUAAGUACACGUACACCUGUGUGUGGAUGUGUGGGGCGGGCUCCCGGGGCGGGGCCCGUUCCCGGUUCCCGUUUCCCCGUUCCCGGUUCCCGUUCCCCCGUUCCCGUCCAGCCGCCGUCGCGGGACCACCUGGCCCUGGGGUCCGACGAGCCCAUGGCCAGGAAGGAGCCGCUGCUGAGCGCCCUUAAAGGAGGAGUGCUGCGGCUGCGGGAAGGCGGCGGCCCUUGCACGGACACCUCGCCGCACCUCGCGUCCCUCUGCCAGCUGCUGGAGAGCAUCCUGCGCAAGGGCCUCCGACAACCGGCUUGGGGCUUCCGGAGACGGGAUUACUGGCACUGGCUAGAGCAGCUUCCCGCGGGGACCGGCGGCCGGCCGACCCCUCUGUCCGUCAGCAUCCGGAGAGCCGGGGGCUGUGAGCGGACGCGGACGGCGCAGGGCCGGGGGCGAUGCUUUCUGCGCUCGGCUCUGCAAGGGAAGGUGCUGGCGGUGGCCGUGAGGCAGCUGGCACAGACCCCCCGACUCCUGGAGGUGCGGCACGUGGGGGGAGCUGCUACCCACGGGCGAUGGGGUGUGAAACAGAGGAGUAAUCGGUGCUAUUUCGCUGGGUUUCAGUUUUAUGAUCCAGGGAGCUCCAUCCUCGGCAGUGAAGAUCUGCGGGAGCCUUUCCUCUCGCUGCUGCUGGUGCUGACAGAGAUAGAUUUCUCCCUGGACCUGCAGAAUUGCAGCUUCUUGGACGAGAGCUGGCUGCUGCCGGUGUGCAGUACUUACGAGACAGUCCCGUGCCGAGCACUGGGGAUGGUGCUCAGGUACGUGGACGGCCGAGUCUUUGUCACCAAGGUGCUCCCUGAGAGCCAGGCAGAGGUGGACGAGGUGGUGCUGGCCGGUGACAUCCUCGAUGAGAUCAAUGGCUGCUCACUGAGACACGCCUUCCCCGGGCAGGCUGGGGCCGUGCUGCAGAGACUGAAGGGACAGCCGCUCACCGUCCGCCUGCUGCGGUGGCGGUGGCACGACGGGACGCUCUUUGAGCCACUGCUGCCCUACCUGAAGGCCCUGAAGGAGAAGGAGCCCCACUUCCAGCUGCAGCGCAGCCCCCGGCACAGGGGCGAGGGGGAGCCCCGGCAGCUGCAGGGGGGCAGGCUGCUGUACAACCUGCGGUACCUGGGCCAGACCAGCGUUGGGACGUAUGGUGGCAAAGAGGUGCUGGAGGGGGCCAUCCCUGCCGUGCUGGAGAGGGGCUUGGCAGCACGGGAGGUUUUAUUUGAUGUGAAGGAGGCAGAAGUCCUUGUGCAGGAGAAGGCUCCUUCCAAGCUCCUCUGCCGCCAUCCCUACCCCUCCAUCUCCUGCGUGGGACGCUGCACGUGGAGCCCCAGGAUCUUUGCCUUCUGUGUGGUCUCUUCCCCCGAGAGCCCUGAUGGGAGCACGUUCAACUGCCUGGUGUUUGCAUCCAGUUCUGAGCAAGAAUGCGAGGAAAUCAUCGGGAGAAUUGCUGCAGGAUUUAAGCACACGGAGUGGUUUGUCUGAGGGAGAAGCACACAGUGAGGCACCACAGUCCCAGCAGCAGCUGAGGGAUGCAGGCCCUGACUCCCACAGUGAGGUGGGAUGGUUUCCGUGCUCCCCCUCACCAUCGUGCUGUGAGAUCACAGCCAGCCAUGUCCAAUUUACCCGAGCCUGGUCUGGACUGCUGCUACUCUUCCCCCAGAACACCACAGCGCUUGUAUUGGAAUAAAUCAAGCCAGGCUGGCUCCACCACUUCCCUGUGUG